CUAUCUUUUCCUCACCACCCGUCAUCUUAAACACAAGCCACCACCCACAACAAUUACGGGACACACAUCACUCCUACCACACAUAUACAUACAUACACCCACAUACACACACACACACACACAGACACACAACCCACAGACAUACACGUCAAAAUGAUGGAAACAUACCACGGCUUCGUCAGGACGCCUGCCGAUGCCAUAAAGCUGUUCGAGGCUUGCAGAGUAGGUCUUCUGCCUCGCGUCCAAAGGAGACUUUCAGAAAAGGAACGUCAGUCAAUACGCUCCGGAUCAGUGUUUGUUUGGGACGAGAGGGAGGCCGGCAUGAGGAGGUGGACAGAUGGAAAGUCAUGGAGCGCCAGCAGAGUAUCUGGAAGCUUCCUCACAUACCGCGAGAUGGAAGGCAAGAGAGGAGGUGGUUUUGGUAACGCAAGGAGAGGCGCCGGCAAGACUCCUGACUCGGGCCGCGGUAGCGACGGGUCCCAAGACGAGACAGAGCCCGAUGGCUACAGAUACAAGGCCGACGGUCUUAUGAAGCAGUCCUUCAGCAUCACAACCUCGACAGGCCAACACUUGCACUUGAUUUCAUACUACUCGAGGCCCAUGGCCGGCCAAGCAGAGCUCACUGUACCAACAGCGGAUCCCAACCUGCGCCAAAUAUAUCCCGAAAAGGGUUUGUACCCGGAAUCGAGCAUGAGCGAGGCACAAGUGCCGCCAAUGACAAGAGCACCUAUGCAGCAGGCACCAUACAUGGCCGGCCCUCCUCACCACCUGCACCCAGGUUCGCACACAUACCCGCCACACUAUGUUCAGCAUGCCUACCCCCACUGGCCAGCAUCGCCUGCAACACCGCCAUACACCCACUAUACAGUUGCGCCCCCAGCGUACGCGCCGCCUCACCACGCUCAUAUGCACCCGCACGCACCGCCGCCGGGACAUUACCCUUACACGUCGCCACCACCUCCUCAAGCUGCGCCUCAGUUUGACCGGACGCUUCCUCCACCUGUCUCGACCGCUCCUCAGUCUAGGACACCACCUUUGGGUCCUCUGAUGCCCGCAUAUGCCGCCCACAGAUCUCCACGCUUGCCGCAACCGCGCCCGGCGACAGAAUCACAGCUGCACCCUCACCAUAUUCACGACCCAAGACAUGGCGCUGCGGGCAACAGGACACUCCCGGGGCCUUUGCCAGCUCUUCCUCCGGCGAACACGCCACCAACUAGGCACGCCUCGGUCUCGCCGCCAAGGUCUUCGCACUCUGACAGCGUUCCAGCCCCUGCUCCAAGUGGCAACAAGGCCAGUAUUUCCGCGCUACUUCACCCAACAACAGAGGUUCCCAGGAGCAAAGUCGACGGCGGUACUAGCGCUGGUAAUUCGCCUCGCCUCAACGGCCGGGAACACACCCCCAGCACUUCGGCUUACGCUAUGGCAGCGGCAGCCUUGGCUGCAGGGGCUCAAAAGCAAACCCUGCCUUCGCUCAAGCAAUUUAACGAAGAUGUGCGGGCCUUGGGAGCCCUGGAUAAAAAGUUCAUGCAGAUGACAUCCUCCUAAAGGAGAAUUUGUCGAGUUUCGUCUCUCCCACGUUGGAGAACCUCCAUACAGCCAUCAUUGGUUUGAUAUGUAGGACUUUUUUUUCAUGUUUAUGAUUAUCUAAAAGACUUGCGAUUUGCAUUGGCCCCGGCGUCAUGUUUUUUUCUUAUCUCUUUCAAGAAUCGAGGAACCUCUUUUCAGAGUGUGUCUACAGUGAUUGGGUGGCUUUGAAUUCCAGGACGGGAUUUUAUCAUGGUAUCUUGGAGCGUGUUUUUUUUCUUUCUUUUUAAUCGACCUCGUGUACAUAUUUUUGGUGGGGUCACUCUUCUGGUACAUAUUAAAAUCAUUUUGGUCCUCUAUCCGGUCUUUGCAAUGAGUGCUGCCUGUUCCCGUUGACGAUCUCCAGAUGCUGAAAGCCAAUGCCACACUUG